CAUUUCAUUUCCUUCCCUUCUCUUUACACCGAUCCAAAGGGUGCCAAAGAGUUUUGACUAUAAGCGCUUAUGGGACCCGCCUCCAAAUCUCUCUGACCGUUAGUUGCAUUGCCAAAUUGCCACCAGCAAAGCUUCUCCUCUUCUCAAUUGCGGACUCUCUGAGAAGUGUAUUUUGCAGACUCCCAUACCAAAAACAUCCAACUGUUCAGCAGGCGAAAAGAUGUUCAACUUGCCUUGACAGCAUCAUGAAUGUGUGGCAGAUCAGAUGCAAGGGAAGUAUAAAUUGAUGAGAUACUUAUAAUGAGGGAUGCUACGUAAAUCACCAACUCCUCCAUUGUUGACCUCAGAUUCCACCGCAUGCGGCAUUUUCUUUUCCUCUAAAACAUAGAGGAUGGAAACUUGCAUGAAGUUGGAAUUGGGCAUUGCUUGUCAGAAACACUUUUACAUGCUGAAAAAUAGGAAAAGAAAAAGGGAAUAGCCGAUCCUGUUAUUUCUAGGUAUAUGGUUGGGUUUUGAAGUGCGCUGUACUUUCCAAGUUUUAAUUGCUUUUGUUUAAUAGUUUACAGCAUCUGUGUCUUGGUUGGGGCUGUAAAUGCAUUCCAAAUGAAUGAACUGACUCCAUUGUUAUGGAGAAGUCCUUGUGUUUGCUUAAAUCCCGCAAAAUGCUGUAACUGAACUACAAAAUAAGGCAGAAGAAUCUUGAGAUGGAAGUUCUUGAGUCCUGUGCUCCAUGCAAACUUACUAAAUGGUUUCUAGGACAGGGAUAAAGAGUACAUAGUAAAGCAGUCAUAAUGGAUGCGUUGGAAACGUUCCGACACUCGAUUUAUCAAUGGCUGCUAAUCAAGAAAUUCAAGAUUCUACCUCAGUAGUAGCAAACAAUCCUUACAUUGCUGUAAACUUCCCAAACAAUGUACUGCCAAAUGUCAUAAGAAGGCCGUGGAAGUUUGUACCUCCAUCAAGGAAAUGGGAACUGCAUUCAACUGCACAAACCAAGAGUACAGUCUUAAGUGAUGAAGAAAAGAAAUCAUGGGAUGCUUGCAGACAAGCUCUCUCUACAUUUGAAUUUACUGUUGAGGAAGAGGACAAAAUAUUGGGGAAAGCGUUUGGCCAUAUCCACUCCCCUUAUUGGAGUGAAGAACGGAAAAUGGAAGUGCCAAGAUUUGAUGUUGUAAGUGAAAUUUUAAGCUAUCUAAGGAGCUUAAACCUCGCUGAUGAUGAUCUUUCCAAACUUCUGAAGAAGUUUCCUGAAGUUCUUGGAUGCAGCCUUGAAGAUGAAUUGAAGAACAAUGUAAAGGUUUUGGAGAACGAGUGGGGCAUUGAAGGAAAAACUCUAAAGAACCUCCUCAUGCGCAAUCCAAGGGUACUAGGCUAUAAUGUCGAUUGUAAGGGAGAUUGCAUGGCCAAAUGCACUCGCUGCUGGGUACGGUUCUAACUGAAUUUCUUGUUUCAAUUAGGCUUACACCUCAUGCAUACAUAAAUCUGCUUUACCUGUAAAAUUUAUAAGCGUCAUACUUCAGAGAGGUUUCUAUGUUGAUCUAUAUAGUCUGGAGAUGCUCCCAGCCUAUGGAAACAUAUUUUGUUUUUACAGUAAACGAACUCUUUGUAAUGGGAGCUUCUUUGAUCCUCUUCCUCUUUGAGAAUGAAGGAAGAGUUAUUUAUUUCUCAGAAAAAGAGAAUCAAUGCUGGAAGAAAGAUGUUCUGCACUUGCAUAAUUGCCUUCCUAAAUUAUAUUGGAAACAAACUCAAUUGGAAGUUAUGUACUUGGACAACAGCUUUUUAUUUGCAUA